CAGGUACCGGGUCCCGGGGGGGACGAUCCGCCGAGUACCUCGGCUCCCCGACUCUUGGCCGCGGUCCACCAAGGAUCGCCCCUGGAGCACCUGCUGGCCGUUCUGAGGCCACCGUCGAGGUUACACACCAUCAACCAUCUCCAGCUCAGUUCUCUUUACUUGACUGUGUCGAGAACCAAGUUGAAGAACGGCGUCAGUCACAAGAAACCACACAGAAAAAAGAAAAAGAGAACCCAGUCCGCCCGUCAUGAGCCGCACAAACACCUCAGUAGUCCUGGCCGAGCGGCCCAAGGGCGACAUCAUCCCAGGGCAGACCUUCCACCAGAAGACCGGGCCAGCCCCGACGGCCGCGGACCUCAAGGACGGCGAGGUCCUGGUCGAGACGCUGUACCUCUCCCUGGACCCGGCGAUGCGCGGCUGGCUCGACGACGUGCGCAGCUACGUGCCCCCCGUGCAGAUAGGCGAGGUGAUGCGCGGGUCGACGAUCGCGCGGGUCCUCGCGUCGCGGUCGCCGCGCGCAAAGGAGGGCGACCUCGUCACGGCCAUGACGGGCUGGCGCGAGGUCGCCGUCGCCGGGCCCAGGGAGUUCGAGACCGCCUCCGACAUCCCGCUGCCCCGCAACGGCAAGGUCACCGACCUCCAGGGCGUGCUGGGCCUGACCGGGCUGACGGCCUACUUCGGCAUGACCGCAAUCGGCAGGGCGAGGCCCGGGGAGACGGUCGUCGUCUCCGGCGCUGCUGGCGCCACCGGCAGCGUUGCGGCGCAGAUGGCCAAGAUCGCCGGGGCGCGGGUCGUCGGGCUCGCGGGGUCUGACGACAAGUGUGCGUGGCUGGAGAAGGAGCUCGGGUUCGACGUGUGUCUGAAUUAUAAGGAUCCCGAAUUCAGGAAGAAGUUCAAGGAGGCCACGCCAAAGUACAUCGAUGUCUACUUUGACAAUGUUGGUGGAGACAUCCUCGACAUGGCCCUGAGCAGGGCGAACAAGAAUGCGCGCUUCGUCAUGUGCGGUGCUAUUUCACAGUAUAACUCGAAAGACCCCAAGGGCCCACGACAAAUAUCCAAGGUCAUCACACAGAGGAUACGCAUGGAGGGUUUCAUUGUGUUCGACUUUAUCAAGGAGUACCCGGCAGCUCGGAAACAGCUCGCACAGUGGCUUGCUGAGGGCAAGCUGAAGAGGCAAGAGACUGUUGUCAAGGGAGGCCUCAAGGUGGCCGAGCAAGCGCUGGUGGAUCUGUUCAAGGGAGGAAACAUAGGAAAACUGCUUGUCGAGGUCAAGUCACCGGAGGAGAAGAGCAAAUUGUAAGAUUGCCCAUGGGUCGGACGAGAAGUCGUGGGGCGUUAUACCGCGUUCCACGGAAAGUACGUGCACCAAAAAGUUUCUCAUCUGGAACGGUCACAUGUACUCGGCGAAUAGUGACACACCUGUUUAAAAUCCUCUGUUUAUUGCGAUCUAAGAGCUGCCAUGCAUGCCUUGCCCCAGAGGCCUACACUGGAUCGCCUGCCAAAACUUUUUUAAGAGUUGCAGCACUGAUGAAGUUCGGUGCUGGACAACGUACCGGAUCUGUAUUAAUGUGGGCUGGGUAUACUGAAAGUGGACAUUAGGAGGGCUGGGUAAGCCGAAAGAGCAAGCGAAGAAGGCCAGCUCGGACGCCUCUAUCGGACGGCUUAGUUGCUCAGGCGUGGAUAGCCUGCUGCACAUGUGGGUAGACCUGGACCAUCUGGUGGUAAAGGUCGCCGUGGUCGCGGAUCAUCACCUCCGGGUCCCAGGCCGACGCCACAAAUAUCGUGUCAAUGCCGCUGGACAGCGGGGUGGUGAAGAUGUUGCAGAUCUGCAGACCGAUGAGGAAUGCAAAGGCAACGAUGACCACUGUGUAUUGACCGUUUGAGUUGUAGGCCGGGUCCGUGAACUCCAGGUACAGGAAGGCCAGCAGGGCGGUGGCAAAACCAAUGAACGUGGCGCCAAAAGAGAAGACAGGCCCAAUGAGGCAUUCGUUAACAAGUGCAUCAAUGCCACGGUCCUUGAUCAUCCUGUGUACAAAUGUCAGCAAACAAACAACACUCGGACGCAUGGGAUGAUGGCCAGACGUACUUCCAGGUGUCCUUGGCCGACU